GGUUUUGAGCUCGUUGUUCCUUCCUUUCUCAAACGUUUCUCUUUUCCUCCUCCACCGCCACAAAGAGAAACAGAGAAAGAGAGAGAGAGAGAGAGAGAGAGAGAGAGAGGCGGCUCUCUGGAUCGUCGGCCGAACAGCGAAAAACGACGUCGCUAAAAGACAUGGCCGCUCCCGAAGCCCCUCUCUGCUAUGUCGGCGUCGCCAAACAAUCCGCUGCUUUCCGCCUCAUGAAACAAAUGGGCUGGGAAGAAGGAGAAGGGCUUGGUAAAGACAAGCAAGGCAUCAAAGGACACGUUCGAGUCAAAAACAAACAGGACACUUCUGGUAUUGGUUUGGAGAAGCCAAAUGAGUGGGCAUUUGACACUACUCAAUUUGAUAAUAUACUCAAACGAUUGAAAGUGCAAGGGGUGCAAGCCAACAAUGAAGGUGUUGAGAACGAUUCGGCUGAAGUAGGUACUGAGACUGAUGCAUCUAAUGAUGUUAAGGUUCCGGUUGUUAAGACUACUCGGCCUCAGGGAAGAUAUAAGAAAAGAGAGAGAGGGAAGCUUGUCCAUGCCUAUUCUUCGAGUGAUGUUCAAGGAAUUCUCGCCAAAAAGGUUGAGGAGUCACCAGGAACAAAUCCUGAUGUAGAUGGUGAAUUGGAAUCAGCAAAGCUGUUCGAAAGUGAAUUUAUCCAUGUUGAAGGAGACAAAGUUGAAGAUAUUCCUCCAGAUUGGUGGGGCUAUAAAUAUGGUUUUGUCUCCGGAGGUUUUCUUGGGGCGGAAUCUAGAAGAAGGAAAUCACAGACUACUGAGAAUGCUAAAACAAAUAAUGAGAGAACUGUAUUCUGUGAAGAUGAUCAGGAGAAUCUAUAUCAUCUUGUUCAAGAUAAUGCCACGACUGGAAAGCAAGGACUAGGUAUUAGAAGCCAGCCAAAAAAGGUUGCUGGCUGCCGCUUUCAGGGGAAAAAGACAUCAUUUAGUGAUAGUGAUGAUGAAGAUACCAGCGAUCUUGGUCAUUCAGCCAAACGAAAACGUGAUGACUUAUCAGAAGGAGACAGGGCUGACGAACAUAAAGUGAAGUUGAAGAAGUUGUGCAAAAAGCUUCUUCGUCAGGUACCUGGAGAGUCAUUAAAGCUAAAACAGCUGAAACUUCUUAUUGAUGAACAUUCAUCUUCUAUUUUUUCCAACUUUUCCUCAAAGAGAGAUGCUGUAGCUUACUUGAAACAAAAGCUGGGAGGUAGUCAGAAGUUUUCUGUGGAAGGAAAAAGAGUGAGUCUCAAAUCAAAGAGAGGCUAGAGAUUUUUGUUACAAAUUUUUGGGUUCCAUAUUCUUUUCCUGGGAUUCUGAGAAGCUUGUACCGAUACUGUAUAUUGCAGCUGAGACUAGAUUAUAAUCUAAUUACAUCAAAGCCUUUAAUA